UGAACUGUCAUGAAUUUGAAAAUUUGAUACCAAAUUUACGCCUAUUUAGAAAAGGUAAUAUUUUAUUUAAUUAACGUGUCCUUAUUUAGAUCGAUCCUUAAAAGAUGCGCGCAAUAUUUGAAAUAAAAGCAGGUACCAGAAUGAGAAAAUAAAAUAUUAAAAGGACUAAAUUGCAAAAGAAAAAGUGAAUCCCCAUUAAAGGACUUCCCGCUUCUCGGGGGUCAGUGUCUGAUAAUUUUCUCAUGUUUGUCAAAAUGGCAGACCCCAAAAUCUCAAACUGAAGGGUUUCAAUUCCUAGUCUUCGUGUUUUCUUUCUAACGCGAACCCACAUUUAAUUAAUUCUCCCCUCUUUCCCGAUUUCUUCUUGCAGAUCCUAUAUAUAGUUCUUGAAUAAAGGGGAGGAAGGCUCUGGUGAGAAAAAAACAGGGUGAUUCCUCCUACAGCUACUUCUGUCAAAACCGAGUGAACCGUCGUAUUUGUAAGAAAAUAAAAUAAAGAUAUGGAGCACCCGACAAAUGCAAACCUAGUACUUGAGAAAGAUGCACCCGCACCUGAUAUCGAAAAGGAGGAGAUGAAAAAUGUUGAUACUGUUAAGAAAGAAAUUUUGGAGUCUUCGUCUGACAUAGAUGAGGUAGAUUCGCCUCGUGUUCCGAUCAAAGAGCAAUUAGAAUCACCGAUUGUAAAUAGUGAUGAAGUUAAGAGCGAAAAGAGAUCAGACGAUGAUGCAAUAGAUUCUCUCGAGGAGGAAAAGGAACCCGUCUUUGAUGGGACCGAGGUACCUGGAAUAGAAGAUAAGGAAUCUGCUUGGUCCGAAAAGGCGGUGGCUCUUACAAAUUUCGUUAGGCAAAAAAGUUUAGUUGCGGUGUCUACUGUUCUUCGCCGUCUUUCCAUGAAGAGUGAUGAUGGAAUCGAAGAUUCCUCUGAGGAGAAAGAUUCUUCGCCAGAAAACAAGGUUCUAGAAGCUUCUGGAAAAUCCGGAGAGAGAUUUAAUUGGAGCCCUCUUUCUCUUAUUGGGAUUGGAGACAGCAAAUCCGAACAAGAGCAACCCGUCGAAGACGUAACUCAGCCUAUUGCCAUGAAAGGACGAAUUAUCUUGUACACGAGUUUAGGGUGCAACGACUGCAAAGAGGCGAGAAAGUAUCUACAUGCAAAAAGACUCCGAUAUGUCGAAAUAAAUAUUGAUGUGUAUCCGACCAGAAAGUUAGAGCUGGAGAAAAUAGCUGGAUCGUGUGCUGUUCCUCGGGUUUUUUUUAAUGAAGUUCUAAUCGGUGGUUUGAACGAGAUGAAGAUUUUGGAGGAGUCUGGUAAACUUGGAGAGAAGAUUGACUAUGUUGUGAGUGAACCGCCGUCGUUUGAAGCUCCUAUGCCGCCACUCUCUGGUGAAGAUGAUCCCUCGAGUAAUGGACCUGUCGAUGAGCUGGCGCUUGUUGCUCGUAAAAUGAAAGGAUCGGUUUCCGUUAAGGAUCGGUUUUACAAAAUGCGCGUGUUCAGCAACUGUUUUCUUGGUUCGGAAGCUGUUGAUUUCUUGUCUGAAGAUCAGUUAUUGGAAAGGGACGCGGCUGUUGAAUUUGGUCGAAAGCUCGCAAACAAACUCUUCUUCCAACACGUUGAGGACAAUAUAUUCGAAGACGGAAAUCACUUGUACCGUUUUCUAGACGACGACCCUCUCAUCUCUCAAUGUCAAAACAUACCAAGAGGCAUUAACGAAGGGAAACCAAAACCCAUCUCCGAAAUUUCUGCGCGCCUUAGAUUUCUGCUUCGUGCAAUAUUGGAAGCAUAUUCUUCUGAAGAUGGACGGCACGUUGAUUAUAGAAGCAUUCACGGCAGCGAAGAGUUUGCAAGGUAUUUGAGGAUAGUUGAGGAGCUUCAACGAGUAGAAUUAUUUGAGAUAUCAAGAGAAGAGAAGCUAUCGUUUUUUAUUAAUCUUUAUAACAUGAUGUCGAUUCAUGCAAUACUUGUGUGGGGCCAUCCAUUGGGAGCUUUGGAGCGAAGAAAAACUUUCGGGGAUUUUAAAUACGUGAUUGGUGGAUCUACAUAUUCACUUUCGGCUAUUUACAACGGGGUUUUGAGGGGUAACCAAAGACCACCUUAUAAUCUCGUAAAGCCGUUUGGAGCGAAAGAUAGGCGAUUAAAGGUUGCUCUUCCUCACGUGGAGCCUCUUGUUCACUUUGCACUAGUCUGUGGGACCCGAUCGGGUCCCGCCAUUCGAUGCUACUCGCCUGGAAAUAUCGAUACAGAGUUGAUGGAUGCUGCUUGUAAUUUCCUCAGGAACGGAGCACUUUAUGUUGAUUCGAUUUCCAAUGUCGUCUAUGUCAAUAAAAUACUGAGAUGGUAUAGUGUAGAUUUUGGGAAGAAUGAGGUUGAAGUACUGAAGCAUGCUGCGAACUAUCUAGAAGCUUCUGAUUCUCAAGCUUUUCUUGAAUUGCUUUCAGAUACUCAGUUGAAAGUUAUUUACCAGCCAUAUGAUUGGGGAUUAAACCACUAGCUUUCUCUUGUAAUAAACUCAUCAACUUAUUUUAGGACAAAUUUUUUAUUUUUUUUAAUGUUUCGUUUUGAACUAGUUUUUAAGUUAUUGUUUGUUAUGGACUUAAAAAUUCA